UGUGCGCGGCGCACCCAUGCAUCAUUUAAAAACAUAAAGUUUUACAGUACAUUCUUGGGAUUUAGGCGGAACUGAACCAAAGGGAUUGAAGUCAAGAUGGAGGACAUCGAUGCAAUGUUCAGCGACCUGCUGGGGGAGAUGGACCUCCUCACUCAAAGUUUAGGGGUGGAUACCGUUCCUCCAGAGUCUCCAUCCAGCACAAACAAAGAGGUCAACUUCUCCAUCGGUUUUACGGACUUGAACGCGUCCCUGAACGAGCUGGAGGACAAUGACUUAGACGCCUUGAUGGCCGACCUGGUGGCAGACAUCAGCGAGACAGAGGAGCAGUUUGCCAAGUCGAAAAGCGGCCACCCAGAGCCACACCCUGACCCAAAGAGUUUUCCCCCGCCCCUGCAGGACCAUAGUUUUCCCACCCCGGCUGCUGUCAUAGCCCCCCACAUACCCGCCCCCGUGCCCCAAACACCCACCCCACAGCCACCACCCCCUUCUCAGCCCUCCAAGCCAUUGCUACCGGAGGAGAUUGAGGCCCAGGCCAAGGCGGACAAAAUAAAACUUGCCCUGGAAAAGCUGAAAGAGGCCAAAGUUAAAAAGCUUGUAAUUAAGGUCCUAAUGAACGACGGCAGCUCAAAGACCCUGAUGGUGGAUGAGAGGCAGACGGUAAGGGACGUCCUGGACAACCUCUUCGAGAAGACGCACUGCGACUGCGGGGUGGACUGGACUCUGUACGAGACUAACCCGGAGCUGCAGAUAGAAAGAGGAUUUGAAGACCACGAAAAUUUGGUAGAGCCUUUGUCUGCAUGGACACGAGACAGUGAAAACCAAAUUCUCUUUCUCGAGAGAAUUGAUAAAUAUGCCGUUUUUAAAAACCCUCAGAACUUCUACCUCUGGAAGAAGGACAAGAAGUCCCUCAAGGACAUGAAAGACAAAGACAAAGAUCUGCUUCUGGAGGAGAACUUCUGCGGGUCCUCCAUCAUUGUGCCAGACCUGGAGGGGCCUCUUUACCUCAAGGAGGACGGGAAGCGGUCCUGGAAGCAGCGUUACUUUCUCCUGCGGGCUUCUGGGAUUUAUUACGUCCCCAAAGGAAAGAGCAAGACGUCACGUGACCUGGCCUGCUUCGUCCAGUUCGACAACGUCAACGUCUACUACGGCAAGGACUACAAGCACAAAUACAAGGCGCCCACCGAGUUCUGCUUCGUUCUCAAGCACCCCCAGAUUCAGAAGGAGUCGCAGUAUAUCAAGUACCUGUGCUGUGACGAUGCCUGGACCAUGACCCUGUGGGUGACCGGAAUCCGCAUCGCCAAGUACGGGGUGACUCUGUACAACAACUACAAGGAGGCUGCGAAGAAAGCCGCCUUGUCCUCUUUGUGGUCAAACCGCACCACUGCCUCGAACACCUCCACACCCUCCACCCCGCCUACAGCCAAAACUGCCCCUCAGCCCAAUGGACAUGCUGCCCAACCCCCGCCCCCACCCCCACCCCCACCCCCGGGCCCGCCCAUCGCCACUGCCUUCUCUGAGGCCUGGAAACGAGGUGACGCCAAGGAUCAUGGCGACGCCUCCUUUCUGCCACCUCCUCCCCCAUCAGAUGACUUCCUGCCACCCCCACCCCCCAACCCCAUGAUGUCGCUCCCACCCCCACCCCCAGACCCCAUGAUGCCGCCCCCGCCACCGCCCCUGGCCGCCAAGAAAGACUUAAAGGCCGCGCUGAAAGCUGUCACUCCUCUCCCAGCGGCUAACUUCCCGCCUCCGCCCAUGAACGACUUCCCGCUGCCUCCUCCUCCCAGCGACCUUCUGGACGCGCCCCCUGACUUCCUGCCCCCUCCUCCUCCAGCCCUCGGGCCUGGCCCUGGAGCGGGCGGAGGAGGUCCUCCCCCACCUCCGCCCCCACCUCCCCCGCCGCCGCCGGCCCCUGCCAUGUCAGCCGCUCCUGCCCCCGUCCUGAAAAAAGUUGGCCCGCCUCCGCCGAAGAGGACAGAACCUGUGGCGGCAGGGCCCCCUGGUGGCGACUUCAUGUCAGAACUAAUGUUAGCGAUGCGGAAGAAACGGGCCGACCAGUAAGGCUGCUGAAGUGCCGAGGCGGACUGAAAUACCUGACAGAAUCGAACAGUUCAAAGCUCUCGCCAAAAUAUGCACGUGAUAUGUGGAAUUUCAUGUAUGUCAUCCAUCUCUUUUUCAUGCAUCUUGUUUUGAAGUGGGAGUGUAGAUAGGUUCAGCAACUACUGUGUUAUGUGAACACCAAAUUCAGAUUUAAAAUGUGUAUAUAAGGAUCUUGCGUUUUGGCUCACUAUGCAUCACAUGUAAUAUAUUGUAUUAACAUUUUUAUGACUGGAAGCCUAUUUUUUCACCUUCUAACGUGAACAUUAAGG